GUGUGGUUAAACCACAGAGCAGAGAAACCAAAGAUGUCUGAAAAAGUUCCAAGAGCUGAAUGCAGCUUCGAACACACUCAUAGUCCCUCACCUGUAUGACUCACCCACAGUUUCACUCUUUUGAUACACUAACACAAUCGUGAUCCUGAUCCUGAUCCUGUGCAAUCAAAUCAAGCCAAAAGCCCUCUCCUUUCAAUUGAAUUCAAAUACCCUUUUGCUUUCUACAAUGGCUUCCACCCCAACACCAACACCCCAUUGCUCCUCAAACCCUGUAAGGCCCAACAACAACAACAACAACCACCGCCACCACAUCAGGAACCAUCAACAACGCCAAAACAACAACAACCGUUGGUCUUCCAACAGGUAUUAUUCCUCCAAGUCUUCACCUUUACCUGCUGCUGCAACAGGAACAUGUGUAGGUGUAGGUGUAGGUGCUGGUGCAGGUGCACCCACUGCUGCUGCAUCUGCCGCCGCCGCCGCCGCUAGUGGCGUGGCUCCUUCGGCCUUUUCCUCCUCCCUGAGUUCCUUGCUCGGUGGUGCCCGGAAUUCGCGGCUUGGCUCCGAUUUUUCCGGCCGGCGCUCCACCCGGUUCGCGGCAAAGAUGCACUCCGGACGGCCUAGGAACAGCCCCAACAAUCACCCUCACUCAAAGGCUGCUGAUGAGGCAUUGCAAUGCCUCCUCAAAGCUGGUAAUAAUGCUGAUGCUGUUGAUAAUGUGUUGCUUAGUUAUGAACAUAGGCUUUGUGGAGGUGAGGAUUAUGUUUAUUUGCUUAAGGAAUUUGGGAAUACUGGUCAUUUCUUGCAAGCCACUAAGUGCUAUGAUUUUGCCAUUUGGAGGGUGAAUGGGAUGGUUAUUAAGGGUAAGUUGACUAGCACCAUGAUUAGUACUCUUGGUAGGUUGGGGAAGAUUGACCAUGCCUUGAGGCUAUUUGAAAUGGCCAAGUAUGAAGGAUAUGGAAACACUGUUUAUUCCUAUUCCUCCAUGAUUAGUGCAUUUGGCCGAAAUGGGCGCUUUCCUGAUGCCGUACGUUUGUUCAGGUCCAUGAGAAACUUUGGCUUGGAACCCAAUUUGAUUACCUAUAAUGCAUUGAUUGAUGCAGGGGCCAAAGGGCAAGUGGAAUUUGACACAGUUGUGAAGUUUUUUGAUGAAAUGGUUGCCAGCGGCAUCUUGCCUGAUAGGGUUACUUACAAUUCACUUCUUUGUGCUUGUGUCCCUAAGGGUUUAUGGGAACUGGCUCAAAACUUGUUAAGAGAAAUGGAACGGAAAGGGAUCCAACAGGAUGUAUAUACUUAUAAUACAUAUUUGGAUGCACUGUGUAAAGGUAGACAGAUGGAUUUAGCUGGGAAGGUUAUGGCAGAGAUGCCAGCUAAGAAAAUUUUUCCCAAUGUUGUGACUUAUAGUACUAUGAUGGAUGGUUAUGCCAAGGCUGGCCGCUUAGAAGAUGCCCUAGAUUUAUACGAUGAAAUGAAGCGUCUGUCUGUUGGUUUUGACCGGGUGUCUUAUAAUACCCUGGUUGCAGUUUAUGCAAAGCUUGGUUGGUUUGAGGAGGCUCUCAAUAAAUGCAAGGAGAUGGAGAGUUGUGGUAUAAAAAAAGAUGUAGUAACUUAUAAUGCACUUUUGGGUGGGUAUGGGAAGCAUGGCAUGUAUGACGAAGUUGAGAGUAUAUUUGAAGAGAUGAAAGCAAAAAAUAUAUAUCCAAAUACGUUAACUUACUCAACAAUGAUUGAUGUGUACACUAAAGGUGGAAUGUAUAGGAAUUCAAUGGAUGUUUACAAAGAGUUCAAGCAGCGAGGGUUGGAGGUUGAUGUUGUCUUUUAUAGUGCACUAAUUGAUGCUCUAUGCAAAAAUGGGUUGGUGGAGUCUUCUAUGAUGUUGCUUGAUGUGAUGACAGAGAAAGGAAUUAGGCCCAAUGUUGUCACUUAUAACUCCAUAAUUGAUGCUUUUGGCCAGUCUUUGGCUUUGGAAUGUGGGGUGAAUACUUCUUUAGGAGCCAAUGAGUAUCAAAUCGAACCUUCAUCUUCAAUGCUUAUUGAGGGUACUUUUCAAGAUCAGGUGUCAGAUAAGGAGGACGACCGAAUCCUGAUGAUGUUUGAGCAACUUGCUGCCGAAAAUGCAGGUCUUAUAAAGAAGGAUAAGAGGGACAGACAAGACAAAUUCUGCAUAUUGUGGCUCUUUCGAAAAAUGCACAACAUGGAAAUUAAACCAAAUGUUGUCACAUUUUCAGCCAUUUUGAAUGCUUGCAGCCAUUGCAAUUCAUUUGAAGAUGCUUCCAAGAUAUUAGAUGAGCUCCGCGUAUUUGAUAACCAGGUGUAUGGCGUAGCCCAUGGACUCCUUAUGGGUUUCAGGGAAAACACAUGGUUUCAGGCUCAAUCUCUAUUUGAUGAAAUCAAGCGUAUGGAUUCUUCAACAGCUUCUGCCUUCUAUAAUGCCCUUACAGAUAUGCUGUGGCACUUUGGUCAGAAACGAGGGGCUCAGCUGGUUGUACUUGAAGGGAGACGCAGAAAUGUGUGGAAUGGUGACUGGUCUGAUUCUUGCUUGGAUCUACAUCUGAUGUCUUGUGGUGCUGCUUGUGCAAUGGUCCAUGCAUGGUUGCUCAAUAUACGCUCUGUUGUUUCUGAAGGCUAUGAACUGCCUAAGAUAUUAAACAUUUUAACUGGAUGGGGCAAGCAUAGCAAGGUAGUUGGGAAUGGCACUUUAAGAAGGGCUGUUGAGACACUCCUUGAUGGCAUGGGUGCUCCCUUUCGGAUUGCUGAGUGUAAUUUGGGAAGAUUUAUGUCACCAGGAUAUGUGGUAGCUUCCUGGUUGAAAGAAUCCAGCACAUUGAAUGUGCUUGUUUUGCAUGAUCAAAUAAGUAAUUCUGAACGUGCUGGUCGAGUGUAUAAUUUGCCAGCCCUUUCCUUGUAGUUAAAAGUACCAUGUUGCUUUUUUCAUAAAAUGUCCUUACAUUCAAUGUCUUGUCUUUCCCUUUUGUACUUUAAUCCGGGGUUGAUCUAGAAAAUAUGUGAUAUAGGGCAAGAAGUAAAUUUUGAGUAAAUUAAAACUUAAGUAUAUUGAUACCAUAGUUUUCAAUUCCUCAAUUGAAUGAAUUU